GAGACUCAGAGAGAGAGAGACUCAGAGAGAGAGACUCAGAGAGAGGGGGAGACGGUGUGGCUGCUUGAAGAUUCUGCUCCAAAACUUUGGCGACAUCAUGGACGCGCACCGCAGCGCGCCCCCGGCCGGGCAGCAGAUCGUGCACGUGCGCGGGGACUCGCAGACGGAGCUCGAGGCUCUGUUCAACGCCGUGAUGAACCCGAGUAAAGUGAGCCGUCAGCCGGCCUCGCUGCCCAUGAGGAUGAGGAAGCUUCCGGACUCGUUCUUCAGACAGCCCGACCCGCGAGGACACUCCAGACAAGCCAGUUCAGACGGAGGCGUGUGUGGCUCCCUGACUCCUCAUCACGUGCGCGCUCACUCGUCGCCGGCCUCGCUGCCCGUGAACACUCUCUCCACUCAGGCAGCAGAUGUGGCGGCGACGCCUGUCGUCCCUGACGACGUGCCGCUCCCACACGGCUGGGAAAUGGCCAAGACGUCUACGGGCCAACGAUACUUCCUCAAGUAAGAGCUUAUCACUGUUGAUGAUUCAUCCUGUCAUCAUUGAUGAAACCCUUGCCCACUGUGGUGUGUGUGUGUGGCGAUGCUAACCACAGGGAAACUCAUCCACACCAUGAACUCUUCCUGUGGUUUCAUGUCGUUUCACACGACAUCGUUUAAAAUUCUCAGAAAAAAGUCAUUUUAGUUCAUAAAAUGGUGACAAAAGUCUUUAAAGACUAAAUGAGCAGAAUUGUUAUUUAUUUUACCUCUGGAUCAUUUAACAGAUAUGUGACAUCAAUCACUUUCAAUAUAAAGAUUAUUCUUGUCCUUUAUAAGAAGACUAUUUCUUUUUUAACAUCAUUUAAAGCCGAGGGAAGAAUAAGAAGAACUUUAAACCAGAGUGACUUCCUGUCAAAGGUUACUGCAGGUUACCAGUGCAUGCACAGCUGGUCGUACAGGUAAAGCAGGUCAGAGACACACAGUGUGUCUCACGCCUCGUCCUCUGUCAGGUUGCAGAUGUGUUGAGACUUGUC